AUGGCUGCGAACUUCUCGAUACAGCCCGUCGGGCGCUUUGCAGGGCCCAGCCAGCCCGUAAAGAGACCCAAGGAGUUUGCCUGCUUCUCGUACGAUGAAAACCACGAGUUUCGACUGGACGACUCUUCCUUGAAGUGGUAUUACACACCUCGCAUGGGGGCCGACUUGUCCAAGGGCUUCGAGAAGUUUCAGAAGCAAGACGACUCCCAGGAUGAGCACCUCGACAGCCUGCUCAAGGCCAUCAUGGCGCAUGAGCAGGAGACGGGCACCAAGAUCGACGCCAACUUCGUCACAUGGCGAGGCAUGAUGACCAAAAUCUUGGCAGCUUUGUUUGAGCAAAAUGAUGGCUUCAUCGAAGAGAACCACGCAUACAAAAUGGCCAUGCGCAAAAACGAAGCCCAUCGCCCACGACGAGGCGGGCCGCCUCCCGAGGUGAUGCAGUUUUGGGGAUACAAGUUUGAGACUUUGUCGACGAUGCCUGCGACGUGGGACGAGACAUCAAGAGACUUCAUCGAAGGCCGCGAGAACCACGUCGUCAACAACAAGGCACAGUACUGCUCCAUCGUCCGCACCGGAAUCGGCAAAGCCAUCCUCUGUCUCGGCGGCGAGGUCGACGCCAUCUGGGACUCCAAACCCGAGGAAAAGGGGGCGCCCAUCAAUUGGGUCGAGCUCAAGACGAGCGCCGAGAUCCGGAGCCACGGGGACAUGGACGCCUUCCACCGCAAGCUCAUGAAGUACUGGAUUCAGUCCUUUCUGCUCGGCGUGCCCAAGAUCAUUGUUGGCUUCCGCACCCGCGACGGCAUUCUCGUCGACCUCAACGAGAUUGAGACGCACCGAAUCCCAGAGACGGUCAACUCGCGACCCAACGCCAGGUGGAACGCCGACAUGUGCGUCAACUUUGCCUCGGCUUUCUUGGAAUGGCUCUCGAAAAUGAUCAAAGACGAAGGCGUCUGGAGGAUAGCCCGGCGACAGCACUCAUCCGUCAUUGAGCUUUACAGAGUCGAGGCCACGGGCCAUGGAAACAUCUUACCGGAGGAGUUCAAGAAUUGGAGGAUCAAGCUGGCCCUCGGCCCUGACCCAGAAGGCACCAGGGCGCCGUCCCCAAAUCGCCAAGAGACCUGA